AUGCUGUCAGACCAGCAGUACACCCACAAACAUGAGAGACAAAUCAUGCUGUCAGACCAGCAGUACACCCACAAACAUGAGAGACAAGUCAUGCUGUCAGACCAGCAGUACACCUACAAACAUGAGAGGCAAGUCAUGCUGUCAGACCAGCAGUACACCUACAAACAUGAGAGGCAAAUCAUGCUGUCAGACCAGCAGUACACCCACAAACAUGAGAGACAAGUCAUGCUGUCAGACCAGCAGUACACCCACAAACAUGAGAGACAAGUCAUGCUCUCAGACCAGCAGUACACCCACAAACAUGAGAGACAAAUCAUGCUGUCAGACCAGCAGUACACCCGCAAACAUGAGAGACAAAUCAUGCUGUCAGACCAGCAGUACACCCACAAACAUGAGAGACAAGUCAUGCUCUCAGACCAGCAGUACACCAACAAACAUGAGAGACAAAUCAUGCUGUCAGACCAGCAGUACACCCACAAACAUGAGAGACAAAUCAUGCUCUCAGACCAGCAGUACACCUACUAA